AUGACCUCCCUCGUUGUCCCCGGCCAGCCUCUGGGCCCCGUGAGCGCCUACAUCCCCGGCCAAGGCGUCCACGUCUUCAACGGUCAAAUCAUCGCUUCGCUCGUCGGGCAAGUGGUCACGAACCCUCAGACGACUACCACCACCACAUCUACAUCUACAUCUACAUCCACAUCCACACCUACAGCUGUACCUCCCACAAUUUCAGUCCAAAAACCGGUCCUUACAACCGACGAAGAAACCAAUGCCACUUUACUGCCUGAAGUCUCCUCCACCGUCCUCUGCCGCAUAACCCGGAUCAACCCUCGUCAAGCUACAGCAUCGAUCUUCAUCGUAAACAACCACAUCUGCGGCGAUGAAUUCCAGGGAGUGAUCCGAGUUCAAGAUGUUAGGCUUACGGAGGUCGAUAAGGUCAAGAUUUUUAAUAGUUUUAGACCGGGGGAUAUCGUUAGAGCUAAAGUGAUCAGUUUGGGGGAUCAGAGUAAUUAUUAUUUGAGUACGGCGAGUAAUGAGUUGGGGGUUAUUAUGGCGGAUUCGGAAAUGGGGGAUCCGAUGUAUCCGAUCAAUUGGAAGGAGAUGAAGAGUACUAGGACUGGAGUUGUGGAGGAGAGGAAGGUUGCGAAGCCGUUUUGA